AUGGCAUUCAGCGGCCAAACACCCACAAUCAUCGUGCUGAAGGAGGGCACGGAUGCAUCGCAAGGCAAGGGACAGAUUCUAUCGAAUAUCAACGCCUGCGUCGCUGUACAGGCCACUAUCAAGAGCACCCUAGGCCCCUAUGGCGGGGACCUAUUACUGGUAGACAGCAGCGGGAAGCAAACAAUCACAAACGAUGGCGCAACAGUAAUGAAGCUUCUCGAGAUCGUUCACCCCGCCGCCCGCAUCUUGACAGAUAUUGCACGAUCACAGGACGCAGAGGUCGGCGAUGGAACUACUUCCGUCGUUGUUUUAGCUGGUGAGAUCCUGCGCGAAGUCCGCGACCUCGUCGACCAGGAUGUCAGUGCUCAGACGAUCAUAAAGGGCUUGCGGAAGGCGAGCGCCAUGUCCGUCAACAGGAUUAAGGAGAUUGCGAUCGAUAUGAAGGAUGCUGCUGGUGGGGAGGCGAAGAAGAUCGAAACACUCAGACGGUUGGCGGGAACUGCGAUGAACAGCAAGCUGAUUAAACGCAAUUCGGAGUUUUUCACAAAGAUGGUUGUCGAUGCUGUCCUCUCGCUGGACCAGGAUGAUUUGAACGAGAAGCUCAUUGGCAUCAAGAAGAUCACCGGUGGUGCCUUGCAAGAUUCCCAAUUCAUCAACGGUGUUGCGUUCAAGAAGACCUUCGCAUACGCCGGUUUCGAGCAGCAGCCCAAGUCGUUUAAGAACCCCAAGAUUGUCUGUCUCAAUGUCGAGUUGGAGCUGAAGAGCGAAAAGGACAAUGCAGAGGUCAGAGUCGAGCAGGUGUCGGAAUACCAGGCCAUCGUCGACGCUGAAUGGCAGAUUAUCUUCAACAAGCUAGAGGCCCUAUACAACACCGGCGCAAAGGUCGUGCUUAGCAAGCUUCCUAUUGGCGAUUUGGCGACACAGUACUUUGCGGACCGUGAUAUAUUCUGUGCCGGCCGUGUUGCCUCCGACGACAUGGAGCGUGUGAACCAAGCCACCGGCUCCUCUACGCAGUCCACCUGCACCGACAUCCAAGAACACCACCUCGGAACCUGUGGUUCCUUCGAAGAGCGUCAAAUCGGUGGUGAGCGAUUCAACAUCUUCGCCGAAUGCCCCGGCGCCAAAACAUGCACUCUUAUCCUUCGCGGUGGAGCAGAGCAAUUCAUCGCCGAAGCCGAGCGCAGUCUGCACGAUGCCAUUAUGAUCGUUAAGCGAGCACUACGAAACACCAACGUCGUUGCUGGCGGUGGUGCCACCGAGAUGGACUUGUCCGGCUACAUCCAUCGGUAUGCCGAUAUCAAUGUUCCACACAAGCAGCAGGCCGUCGUCAAGGCGUUUGCAAAGGCGCUGGAGGUCAUUCCUCGCCAGCUCUGUGACAACGCCGGCUUCGAUGCCACGGAUAUCCUUAACCAGCUGAGAGUGGAGCAUAGGAAGGGGAGCAUCUGGGCUGGUGUCGAUUUCGACAACGAGGGCGUCCGGGAUAACAUGGAAGCGUUCGUGUGGGAGCCCAGUCUUGUCAAGGUCAAUGCCAUCCAGUCUGCCGUUGAGGCUGCAUGCUUGAUUCUAAGUGUUGACGAGACCAUCAAGAAUGAAGAGUCCGCUCAACCACAGGGAGGUCCCCCGCGAGCACUACCACCAGGCGCCGCUCAGCGUGUGCUCCGAGGUGGCAGAGGCCGCGGCAUGCCCAGACGAUAA